AGCGUCGAGUAUUCAUUCCACUGUGUUAUAGAAUUAUAAUCCAUUUCCAGUUUCGAGGAUAGCGUGGGUCUAUUGGGUGUCUUUGCUUGGUAAACCUGCGCCAGGACCCAAGCUGUUUCGACACGAUCAUUCACCUGAACAGCGGCCAGGACGCCUCAUGCAGCCAAUCUUCUAAUCAUCUCAAAUAUGGAUAAAUUCACUCCGGACCACUCGCAGUUCUUCUGUUCUGAAGACAGCAGCAAGCUCUAUAUCAAGUACAGGCCCACGUACCCAGACAGACUCUACGAAAAGGUCUUCAAGUUUUGUCAAGAGUCGGAGACUUGUACCUGGGAGCUGGCGGUUGAUGUGGCCUGUGGUUCUGGACAGAGUACGCUGCCCUUGGCAAAGUUCUUCAAACAGGUGAUCGCCGUAGACAGCAGUGAGAAACAGAUCAGCCAAGCACCCCAGCACAUGAGCGACAUCAGCUUCCGGUGUGGCUCAGCGUAUGACCUCAAGUUUAUAAGUUCAGGGAGUGUGGAUUUGGUUACUGUAGCAACCGCUUUUCAUUGGUUCGACCCAGAGAGAUUCUUUGAGGAGGCAGAUCGAAUACUGAAGCCCGGGGGUUCCCUCAUUCUGUAUAGUUUUGGCCCAGAGUCCUUCACACAUCCUGAGGCCGACAGAUACAUACAGUAUCUAAAUCUAUCUUCCAAAUACGUGGCAAAGUAUUACCCGGCAACAGAGAAACUCAUCAACAGAUACAGGGACGUGACUUUACCUUAUCCAGGGUGGCGGAGGGAAGAGAUUGAGCCCCUUCUCUAUGAUUUGAGUAUAGAAGACUACGGGGGCUUUGUUGCGUCACUGGGGUCAGCCCAGUGGUUUACAGACUCGCCUCGGGGGCACGACCUGCCAGGGGAAAUCAUCAGAACGCUGCGAUUUCUGUGUUGGAAGGAGUUGGACUCUGACCUUGACUACAAACUGACAGUGAGCUUCCCGCUGUUUUUUGUGAUGGGCCGAAAACCCAACGGUGGAAAGAAGAAACAAUAAAAUAUG